GACAAGGCUACCGUCAACUUAAGCACCUGGGCAGCGACCUUCCUGGGACUGACAGACCUUCAGAACUCGUCAAAAUAAUGUGAUAAACGGCACCUGUGCCACGUGAGGUUCGAGGAUGUGGUUAGAAGACUUCUUCUAAGAUACCUUGCAAUUGACAAGGAAUGUAGAGUGCUAGUACGGGCGAGUUUAUGAGAAGGAGUUGCAUUGCGAGUUGCUGUGGAGAACCCUAGAAUAGACCGCAGAAGCAGCAUCUUCUUAGUUAUUUAAUACAAAAAAAAAAAAAAAAAAAAAAAUUAGGUAGACCGAGUAGGACUGCCUGUAGUGUGUGCAGGGCAACAUCCGCCUACUUUUGAAGAAGGAAAGCAAGAAAUGAGACGCUUUGUUUAUUGUGUUUGCUGCAGUGGGGAAGUGAAGAUGCUGCGGCUUCCUGGACUCAGGAUAACACUCGUGCUGUGGAUUUUCAGCCGCAUCAGCAGCUUCAGUGCAGCUCUCCCGGCAUCCCAGAAAUGUGAUGAACAAUUGUCCACACCGCUUUCCCACAACUCCUUUACAAGUUCUUCUGUGUUGGCUGGCAGUUACGCCCCGGGGUACGCAAAACUAAACAGAAGAGGAGGUGCCGGUGGCUGGUCUCCAUUGGACAGUGACCAUUAUCAGUGGCUGCAGGUGGAUCUUGGGAGCAGGAAGCAAGUUACUGCCAUAGCAACGCAGGGUAGAUACAGCAGCUCUGAUUGGGUGACCCAAUACAGACUUCUCUAUAGCGACACUGGAAGGAACUGGAAACCAUACCAUCAAGAUGGCAAUAUUUGGGCAUUUACAGGCAACACAAACACUGAGAGUGUGGUCCGUCAUGACCUGCAGCAUGUAUUUGUUGCUCGCUUCCUGCGAAUUGUGCCUCUUGAUUGGAAUGGUGAAGGCCAGAUUGGAAUGAGAAUUGAGCUCUUUGGCUGUCCAUACUGGGCCGAUGUUAUUAACUUUGAUGGCCAUGGGGUGAUAUCAUACCGAUUCAGGUACAAGAAAAUGAAAACCCUGAAGGACGUCAUUGCCCUCAAGUUUAAAACCUCGGAGAGCGAAGGUGUUAUUUUCCACGGCGAGGGACAGCAAGGAGACUAUAUUACCCUGGAGCUCAAGAAAGCAAAGCUGGUGCUGCAGUUAAACCUAGGGAGUAAUCAAUAUGACUCGAUAUUUGGACACACAUCUGUGACGACAGGAAGUCUCCUGGAUGACCAUCACUGGCACUCUGUCACUAUUGAACGAUACGGGCGGAACAUCAAUCUGACGUUAGACAGACAUGUGCAGCAUUUCCGCACUAAUGGGGAUUUCGACCACCUAGACUUGGACUAUGAGAUCAGCUUUGGAGGAAUGCCUUUUUCUGGGAAACCAAGUUCCAGUAGCAGGAAAAAUUUCAAAGGUUGCAUGGAGAGCAUCAACUACAAUGGGAAUAACAUCACUGACCUUGCAAGGAGGAAGAAGCUAGACACUACAAGUGUGGGUAACCUGAGUUUCUCCUGUGUCGAGACCCAUGCGGUGCCUGUCUUCUUCAACGCUACCAGCUACCUGCAGCUCCCAGGCCGCGCCAACCGAAAUGAAUUGUCUAUCGGCUUCCAUUUCCGCACAUGGAACCCCAGUGGCCUGCUUCUCUACAGCACCUUCGCUGAGGGUCUUGGGAUGGUGGAAGUCGACUUGAAUGAAGGAAAGAUCAACGCCCACAUUAACGUCACACAAACAAAGAAAAGCCGAAUUGACAUUUCAUCAGGGUCUGGACUUCAUGAUGGUCAGUGGCACAAUGUGCGUUUCCUGGCCAAAGAAAACUUUGCCAUGCUCACCAUUGAUGGAGAUGAGGCCUCGGCUGUACGGACCAACAGUCCACUCCACAUUAAGACUGGAAGUAAAUAUUACUUUGGAGGUUACUUUCAGCAAAUGAAUAACUCCAGUGGAUCUCCAGUGCAGCGCUCUUUUCAAGGCUGCAUGCAGCUCAUUCAUGUGGAUGAUCAGAUGGCCGACCUGCACGCUGUGGAGCAAGGCAAGCUGGGAAGCUUUGAGAACAUCAGUAUUGACAUGUGUGCCAUCAUAGACAGGUGUAUGCCCAAUCACUGCGAGCAUGGCGGCAAAUGUACACAGACCUGGGACAGCUUCAGGUGCAGCUGUGAGGGGACAGGCUACUCUGGGGCCACCUGCCAUAAUUCUAUCUAUGAACAGUCCUGUGAAGCAUACAAACACCUUGGAAAGACAUCAGAUGCUUAUUGGAUAGACCCAGAUGGAAGUGGACCACUUGGACCAUUUAAAGUGCACUGCGAUAUGACAGAGGACAAGGUUUGGACUACGGUGAUCCAUGAUCUGCAGCCUCAGACAUCAGUAAGCAGCUCCAACCAGGAGAAACGGACUGUCCUGCAGCUGAACUACAGCGCCUCCAUGGAACAGGUGUCGGCCAUCACCACAAGUGCAGAGCACUGCGAACAGCAUGUCUCCUAUUCCUGCAGGAUGUCAAGGCUGCUCAACACCCCAGAUGGUACCCCAUAUACAUGGUGGGUAGGGAAAGGCAAUGAGAAGCAUUUUUACUGGGGAGGAUCUGGCCCAGGGAUUCAGAAGUGUGCCUGUGGAAUUGAACGGAACUGCACUGACCCAAAAUAUUACUGCAACUGUGAUGCAGACCAGAAACAGUGGAGACAGGACACUGGACUUUUGACCUACAAGGACCACUUGCCAGUCAGCCAGUUGGUUGUUGGAGAUGCCAAUCGACCAGGUUCUGAGGCGAAGCUGGAUGUUCAACCUUUACGUUGCCAAGGAGACCGUAAUUAUUGGAAUGCUGCUGCCUUCAACACUCCCUCUUCCUACCUGCACUUCUCAACCUUCCACGGAGAGACCAGCGCAGACAUCUCCUUUUACUUCAAAACUUCUGCCCCUUAUGGUGUGUUUCUAGAAAACCUGGGCAAUACAGACUUCAUUCGUCUGGAGCUAAAAUCUCCUACAGAGGUCUCCUUCUCCUUUGACGUUGGAAACGGGCCUGUUGAACUCCUCGUCAGGUCGUCCACGCCUCUGAAUGAUGACCAGUGGCACAGGGUCAUCGCAGAACGCAACGUGAAGCAGGCUAGUCUCCAGUUGGACCAGCUUUACAAGGAGGUGCGACAGGCUCCCCCGCAAGGACACACCAGGCUGGAGCUCUACAGUCAGCUCUAUGUUGGUGCUGCAGGAGGACAAAAAGGCUUCCUUGGAUGCAUCCGUUCCUUGAAAAUGAACGGUGUGACCCUUGAUCUAGAGGAGAGGGCAAAGGUCACCCCUGGGGUGAAGCCUGGCUGUUCCGGCCACUGCACAAGCUAUGGGAUGUACUGUCGCAAUGGGGGAAAGUGUAUAGAGAAGUACAAUGGCUACUCAUGCGACUGUUCCAAAACUGCAUAUGACGGACCUUUCUGCACUAAAGAUGUGGGUGGCUUUUUUGAAACUGGAACCUGGAUAAAAUACAACUUUUUGACACAGGCAGCAGCAAACAAGGACAGUCUGCAGAGUUUUCCGCAGGCCUCUAUGAAUUUGAACCUGACCAAGGAGGACCUGUCAUUCAGCUUUAGCACCACCAGUACUCCCAGCCUUCUCCUCUACAUCAGCUCCUACGUGCAAGACUACCUAGCUGUUGUACUCCACCAAAAUGGAACUCUGCAGAUUAGGUACAACCUGGGUGGCACGAAGGAGCCUUUCCAGAUAGACGUGGACCACAGGAACAUGGCUAAUGGACAACCACACAGUGUGAACCUCUCCAGGCACGAGAAAAACAUCCAGCUGCAGCUUGACCACUACCCCUUAGCGAGUUACACCCUACCGGAAUCUUCUGACAUCCAUUUUAACUCGGUCAAGACACUGUUUCUUGGCAGAGUCCAUGAAACUGGAGAAAUCGACCCCGUUAUAAUCCAGAAGUACAACACACCAGGUUUUUCUGGCUGUUUGUCAAGAGUGCAGUUCAACCAGAUCACGCCGCUAAAGGCUGCCUUGAGGCCUCGCAUCCCCUCUCCUGUUGGCGUCCAAGGACAACUGGUGGAAUCCAACUGUGGGGCCUCCCCUCUGACUAUUCCUCCAAUGUCGGCAGCCACUGAUCCCUGGCGUCUAGACUCGGCAAGUGCUGAUUCCCCCUUCAAUGAAGAAAGGGUGAUACCAGGUGGAGUGAACAGAAACUCUGCAAUAAUUGGAGGUGUCAUUGCAGUUGUGAUCUUCACCAUUCUGUGCACCCUGGUUUUCCUGAUCCGAUACAUGUUCCGCCACAAAGGGACCUACCACACCAACGAGGCCAAGGGGGCGGAGUCUGCCGACACCGCUGAUGCUGCCAUCAUGGGCAACGACCCAAACUUCACAGAAACCAUUGACGAGAGCAAAAAGGAAUGGUUCAUCUGAUGGGACAUGGAUAGGGGGGCAAUUUGAAAAGCAUUGUACUCUAAGCAGUUUUGGCACAGUAGUGAAGAUCAUCACAAGUGAGAGUUGAUAAUCAACCUGUACAUUGUGACUCGCCCCUAAAGAUUUUACACUGUUUAGGAGUUUGAGGGGUCAACAAAUGUCAAUUUUGAAAUCUGAAAACACCCCAUUGAUUUACUUUAAAACAAGCAGGACAUUUUUUUUUAUUUAUUUUUUUUUACCAAAAACAAACCUCCUUAAGCUUCCAAACAUAUUUAAGAAAGUAUAAAAGUACAUAGUGUACAAGACACAAUGUACGCCAAAUGCUCUGUGUAAAUAAUUUAAACCAUACUACUGGGGGGGGGGGGGGGGUGUAU